AUGCUUCUAGCUGGCGGCCCGAUAUCUUGGCGAUCACACCUCCAGACUUCUGUAGCUUUGAGCUCUAACGAAGCCAAGUACCCGGCGGCUUCGGAUGCUGCGAGGGAGGUUGAAUGGCUUGCUAGGUUGGUGGCAGAUAUGGGUUUGUAUGCAACGGAUGCCACUCCCAUCACCUUUUACAUGGACAACAAGGGUGCCAAUGAUCUUGUUCGAACGUCAUUUGUUUCUAGGCGUUCCAAGUACAUUGAUAUUCGAUAUCAUUAUGUCCGCGACAUUGCUGCCAGGGGUAUCAUCAACCCAACCCCAAUCGGCACAAGGGACAUGGCAGUUGAUGGCUUCACGAAGCCACUGGCUGAGGUACCGUUCAAGAGAUUCAGGAGCCAGAUUGGGGUCUUGUGA